AUGGAAGAAGUCCUGCGCUACAUGGAGCAGGAGUGGAACUUCAUGACCCAGGAACAGUCGAUUCCCGUCCAGACCGCGCUGAAGCUGCUUGACGCCAGUUCCCUGGGUCUGGCGAGCAGGUACACGGAGUUCCAGGAUGCUCAGAGACAGCUGCAAGCUGCACUCAAGGCUAUAGUUAACGAUCAUCACCAAGGCUUCAACAGCUCCAUAGGAACCUUUCACAAGAUACAGUCGAGCAUACAAACAUCGCAAGCCCGCGUCAGGACGCUGAAAGACUCGCUUGUUCAGGCGAAAGGCAAUCUAUCAACAACGAAGCCAGAACUGAAGAGUCUCGCUACUACAUCUCAGAGCUACGAUGACAUGCUACAAGUAUUGGGAAACAUUGAGCAGCUGCAGAACGUCAGCGAGAAGCUGGAGGCUCGGAUAUCUGAGAAGCGCUUUCUCACGGCCGUUGACGUGCUGCAAGACGCGCUGAGGCUGAUCAGGCGGUCGGAUAUGGAAGGGAUUGGUGCUCUGAGCGAUUUACGAGUGUACCUUAGCAAUCAAGAGCAUUCCUUAACCGAUAUCCUGAUCGAAGAACUGCACAGCCACCUGUAUUUGAAGUCCCCUUACUGUGAGGAUCGGUGGAAGUUAUACACACCGAAUCAGAACAAGGACAGCAACACAGCUACGAUAGGUAGGGGCAGAACGCUCUACAGUUUUCUGGACAAGCUUGAUCCGUCGGAACCCCUUGCCGACGAUUCCUCCCGCAACCCCGAAGCCGACACCUUUCAGUACAUUCAACUCCUCAUAGAAGCGCUUAACAAAAUGAGCCGACUAGAUGUCGCAGUCGAGACGAUCGAGCAAAGGCUACCGGUCGAACUUUUCCGGGUCGUCGAGAAGUCGAACAACGAAGCUGCACAACGCCAUCCGACUGUCGUGCGAAGUUACGCAAGUAAGAACCAGGACAAGACGAACACUUCACUAGACAAUGACGAAGAGCGCACGAACCUUCUUCAGGAUUUACUUUGGACGUUGUAUGCACGCUUUGAGGCUAUAGCCGAGGGCCACCGCGUAGUUCACGAUGUGAUUACCGGCAUCGUAAGGCGGGAAGGCUUGCGAGACACGGCUGCGUUGAGUGGGGGCUUCAAUGAAAUGUGGAAGCUCUACCAAAGCGAGAUUCGUUCACUGUUACAUGACUACCUUGCUACCGACGGUGAAGCCUAUCGGACGGGGCAGGGAGCAGCCGCGAACUCGAGCAUCUUCCAGCGGACGCAGCGCGAUCGAAACAAGAGGAUGUUCAAACUAUCAGACAUGGAUACCAAGUCUACUGAGCUAGCGGUAGAGAGAGAAGACCUAGAGUUCAUCCUUAAGUCCUCCGUACCGGGCCUAGUAUCAGACCUAAGGAAGCCAGAUGGAAUCUCGGCAUCCGAGACCAACGACCUCCAGGAUCGCAGCGCCACUGGCCACAAGCUGUUAGUCGAGCCCAGUGUUUUCAACAUGGGCGUGCUGUUACCACCUUCUCUGGACUUCCUGAACCGACUCAAAAGCGUUGUUCCGUCCAACGCCGAUGUGGUUCCGAACACUCUUACCUCAUUCCUGGACGAUUUCCUCGUCAAUGUGUUCCAUCCACAGCUCGAGGAGACUUUGACCGAACUGUGUGCGCAGACGUUCAUCGAAGCGGACGCUUUCCAGGAGGAUACCCAAUGGCAAGCACACUCGCAGAAGCCGAUAUUCAAGGGCACAACAAAAUUCUUCAACUUGAUUGCUAUGUUCUGCAAAAUGCUUAACAAUCUGCCGCACGACCAGGCGUUCAGCCAGCUUAUUAUCACUCAGAUGGUAACAUACUACGACAGGUGCUAUGGGUGGUACAAAGCUCUCGUCUCUCGCGCCCAGCCCAAAGCCGGAAAUGGACGACGCUUAAAGUCCCCUGCGGCGCUUGCGGAGGCCGAGGAGGUGCGCGAUGUGCUCGCUCGCUUGGCUCAGUUUAGAGAGCAAAGCUCCCCGGAGCUGUUCAAGGAGGAAUCCAUACUUCUCAUCUCCAAGACCGCUCAAGACCCCAUCGAAGACGCCGACCUGCUUUCCGACAAGAAGGACCUCGCAGCGCUAAGCCUGCUGCACACCGGCAUGAAAUGGCUCGCCAGCAAGAUUUCCCACUUCCGCCACAUCAGCGACCGCGCGACGGACUCGACGCGCCGUCCCUCCAGCAAGCCACAGGUUCAGCGCCGCUGGACCGUCGUAACCUUGCCCGAGCUGGAGAAAGACGCCAUCUACCUCCCCAUGAACCAAGACACCGCCUCCGCCUUCGACGGCGUAAUAAACUCCUACACCACCCUCUCCACCACCGCCCUCCACACCCUCCACCUCACCCUGCGCACCCACAUCCUCUCCCGCCUCCCCGCCGCGCUUCCUACUUCCUACCUCCUCUCCUCCGAAGCCACGACGCCCGACCCGGGCAUCGUGGCCCUAGCCGCCGAUCUCGUGGCCUUCGACACAGUCGUCUCGGCCUACCUCCUCGCACCCCAGCGUGCCUUCGUCGUCAACGGCCUCGCAGACCUGACAGACCGCGCGCUCGUGAAAGCGCUCGGCAGCGCGACGGAGAUGAACAGCAUGGGGAAGGGGAGGGUGGAGUUGGGCGUGUUGGUGCUGCAGCAGAACCUCAAGAAUGUUGAGCCCGGGGCGAAGUUGGGCAGGAGCGAGAGGUAUUGUGAGUUAUUUGAAAGGGGGCCGGAGGAGGUGGUUAGGGUUGCGGAGGAAGAGGCACGGAAGGAAGAGGGGGAGAGGGAGUGGUCGAAGGAGGAGCUUAGGGUGCUGGUUGAGUUGUGGUAUAGUGAGGGGAGGGGGAGUGAGAGGAGGGAGGUGCAGAUGAGGGCGGAGAAGGGAGUGGGUGAGUACUUGGGGAGGUUGGAGGAGGUUUUCGCGGAGGGGUAG